AUGGCGGGGACAAGUUCCCCCAAUUCAUCUGCUGAUGACCUCAAGAAACAUGUGAUGGAGGUUUUUAAGGAUGCCACCAAAGACUGUGAGGAUGAGGAGUUGAAAAGAUUUUUUCACACGAUUGGGAGUAGCUACGAUUCCCUUAACAAUCAUGCAGUGACAAUGUUCAAUUUAAUGGUAGAUUUCGGCCUCACUGAGAAAGCAAGAGAGGUUUUUAAGCCUCUCUCUGACUUGGGCAUUCUGUCUCUAGUAGCUGUCUUCACCAUUGUGAUUUCGUCCUACCACACUUCACGCAAGACCGAGAGUGCUCUCAAGGUGUACCACCGCAUGAUAGCCACUGGUGUCAACCCUGCCUCCUUCACUUACACUCAUCUCAUCUGUGUACUUGCAGAAGACUUUUCCAAUGUGAAGUACCUUAGGUUGGCCAAGAAGUAUUUUCUUGAAACCUUGGAUAAGGGGAUGAAGACCAAUCCUACACCCUUUUGGAAUCUUAUGAAAGCCAUUGCCUACAGAGAGCCACUGGAGAAGUUCAAGGAGUUCCUUCAGCAGAUAAAGGCUAAGGGGUUCAUUCUUCACGACUAUGGUUUUUACUACAAAGAAGCCUACCUCGCCGAAGCAAGGGAAACACUGAAGAUGCAAGCUCAUCUUGUUCAUAAUGGAACCGUUGACAAGGAUGUUAGAACUUACUUCUACAUGAAGUGCGUCUUCCCUGGCCACAUCCAGAAACUGACGAACAAGAUGUACACGGCUUUGUUACAUGAUGGAAAUGUUGAAGAGGCCACAAAGUUCCGUAAUGAAGUUGAGGAAACAGGUAUGGAGCCCAUGGUCUUAAUCCACACCUCCGUUAUUAAAGCCUACCUCAAGUAUGGCAAGCCCAAGGGUGCUCUUGAGGCAUACCUUGCCAUGUUAGCUGCUGGGGUUGCCCCCAACUCCGUCACUUACACCGUUUUAAUCAAGGGACUCAGUGCUGACCCUGAUUUCAUCGGAGAUGCCACGAAGUAUUUGCUUGAGAUGAUGGACAAGGGAAAGUGGCCCAAUGCUGCCACCUUCACUGCGGUGAUAGAAGGCUUUGCAAAGCAAGAGGACAAGGCAGCUGAGGAGGAGGGAAAAGAGUUUGUGCGGGUAAUGAUAGAUAAGGGGUUUGUGCCUAAUGCGAAAGCAAUGAUGGAGGUUUUAAGGGGUAGACCAAUAGCGGUAAUUCGAAGGGCCAUGAGUAUUGUCCUUUCCACCUUGAAGCAGUGA